CGCCCACAUAAAGUUUGCGACGUCCGAAGGGCCGAGAUGGAGACGCUCAAGUACGACGAGCUCCUCCGCGCGGGCGAGCCCGGCGCCAUGACGAUUGCGGCCGCCUGCCUGCGCCUGCAGAAGCUGCUCUCGACGGAGCUCUCGACGCCACUGCACCUGCACUCGGUCGAGAGCCGGCGCAAGUUCUUUGCGUUCCUGCCGCGCUUCCUGGAUCGCGUCUUUGGCGAAGAGCAAGAAAAGCAAGCGUCGUCGUCCAAGGUGAGCGCAUGGAUGACACAGUCGUAUGGCGUGCUGCACGAGCCGUCGCCAUCGACGUCGGCGGUCGCCAAGCCCGCGACAGGCCCGAACGCCCAUCUCGGCGAGCAUGGCCAAGCGCUGGUCCAGCUCUUUGAGACGGCGCUGUACGAGUUCGUCUUCAACAUCUCGCACGCCGUGCGUUUUCGCCUCGACUUGACGUGCUUGCCCAACCCAGCCCAGGUCGAGAUCCGCAACAGCGGCGGCAUUCCGCCAAUGCAAGCCAAACUCUACUCGACGUCGACGCUGAGCAUGAAUGGCAAAACGCAGUGCCUCAUGGUCCCGAUCCAGACGUACUUUCUCUUUAGCCUCCUCCGGUACCCAGUCUCGACGUCCAAGCUCAAGCGGCCGAUCGCGACGCCAACCUCCACGUCCGCGCCGUCCUCCUCGUCUUCGUCCGUAGCCUCGACGACCAACUACGCAUGGCGGUCGUUCUCGACGAACGGUGUCUCGAUGCUCACGGAACGUCACCCGUACAACGUCCUCUUGCAGUACUACCUCUCGACGUUCUUGCCGCACGGGCCCGAGAAGCUCGGCUUCAAGAGCUCUCAGAAGCAGAGCAUGGAGCUCUUCUUAUCGCUCCUCAUUGAGCUCUGGCUGCGCCAAAACCACGUCUUGUACGAAGGUACCGUCGCCAAGGUCCUCGACCAGUACACGCCGCCGACCGACGACGUCCUCAGCGCGCUCCUCCUCACGCUCGUCCAUGUGCUGUCGGACAGCCACAUUCCGCUGCUCUUGCAUCCGAGCACGCACGUCGUGCUCAAGACGCUCCAAAAGCCAUUGUACGACUUUUUUCAAAUCGGCUUUUGCCGCGCGACGCCGUCGACCAACCCGACGUCGUUCUACAUGCUGGCCGACGUCUUGCUCGCGUACCUAGCGCCGUGGCAGUGCGUGCAGUGGGCCGCAUCCUCGCCCACUUCGUCGACCUUUUCCGCAUCGUACACGCCAUAUGUGCUCGCGAACCUGCAUUUCUACACGGGCCUCUUUGGCGUCUUUGUCACGGCGGCCCGGGACUUGGAGUGGGACGCCACCAGUCUCGACCUGCUCCGCCGUGCGCUGGACCUCUUCUCGCCCGAACUGCUUGCGCUCCUAACGCGCGCAGCGACCGAAUCGUUGUCGGUCGCCGAAGCACACGUGCUCCAGCGCCACGUCAUCGAGUUUGGGGCGACGCCGCCGUCCCUCGCCGACUUUCGGCGCAACGGCGAGCACCUCCUCGACAAGAUGCAGUACAUGAAGGACGUGCACCCGCGCGUCAGCAGCUCGAGUACCUUUUUGAACGCCGUGUUUACGACCUCGGCCGCGACCGCGUCGCUGGAAAGCCAAAUCGACAGCGUUGGCGCGCGCCUCCGCGUCGUCUUGGCCAUUCCCGAGACGUACGUCCCCGUCUCGGUCGUGACGACGACCCCGCUCACGACGUUUUCGCUGGCGUCGCUCAACCCAGCGCGGGACGGCCUCGCGCUCCUCUCGGCCGCCGGGCGCCGCCAAGUCGCCAACGGCCUUCGCCUCUGCACGACGGACGCGGUGACGUACGUGGGCGACCCGAUGCUCAAGCCGAUCUCGUCGUACGAGAUCCCGUGUCUCGUGCGCCUCUUGUACCGGCUCUCGAUGGCCAUCAACGUGCUCUUGGGCUUGCCAAACCCGUACGAAGGCAAGACGACGCUCGACGAGAAGCUGCAGACGCCGACGACCGAGACGUUUCGCGUCAACCUCCGAUUCCUUGCGGCCAAGACCAAUGUCGCGUGGCUGCUGCUCUUUCUGCUUGGGACGUAUCUGCUGCUGUGGUAAUCUGCCCCUUUCUAUAUACUACAUCCGAUCGCUUUUGUCUUUUGUAUCGACUUGAUACGUUGAUACUUGAUAGGUGGUGUUGGAGAGCAAAAUUACACGUUUACGCAGGCGCUUGUUACUCGC